AUGAUUCUGCCUUCCCAUUUACCGGAAUCUAUUUGCCUUCGACGGAGCAAUGUCCAUUACAAUGUUCAGGCCUGUGUUGAACAGCCGGGCUGCUUGAGCCGCAGUAUCAAACGAAGCAAAUCAGUUACUGCAGUUCAUUGUCCAGCCGAAGACUUCGUGGAGGACUCUGAACCUGUGAUCUUCCUCUCGGAGAAUACACAGUAUCUACAAAAGAGUGGCAUAUCUUCCUGCGGGGGCCCUUUCAAGAGGGUCCUUUUGUAUGAUGCUGGGCAGGAUUUCGAGGAUGGAGCGGAUGCUCAAGGCUAUCCGGAUAAUAUGGUUAGAGGAAGAAGUCUUAUGGAAGAUGCUGGCUCCGCGAGUGCCAAAUCAGAGGACGAGGGGACGAGGUUGGAUGUCAACUUGUUGUUACCCCAGGCUGUCAGCCAGACGCACCCCAACACCGAUGAAAAGCUAAACAUGCAUUUCGACACCAAGUACAAGAAUGUACAAAUUAGCCAUUGGCUCGAGUUUGUAUUCACCGUGUCCCGACCUGAUGCGAGGUCAGUGCAGAAGAUUGUUAGGGCUCCGUUGGCCCUCCGAUCUAGCUACGCUUUACCAGCCAAUGCGUCUCUGCCUGCGUACUCCCACACAUGCGACGGGAAGCCAAUCUGUGUUUCCGCUACAGAAUCCAUUGAUGGGUGA